AUGGGCACUACAUUCAGCAUCAAUCCUACACUUCGCGAUUUUUCAGCGUGGCUCUCAUCUUUAGCAAAUGCGGCAAGUAGAGUAGCUACACCUUCUUUUUUAGAUAAACCACUAAAAAAGGAAGGACGAGUGCACAUACAUCAGACAGCUGAAAUAACAACCACGGCAGUUAGGUGUUACAUUUGUGGCGGCGGACAUAAAAUAAUGGAAUGUGAAAUAUUCACGAACGAGCCUACCAAUCAACGCUGGCGCAUUGUCAAGGAAAAGAAGCUGUGCCGACAAUGCUUAGGCGAGCAUAGGCGUCGCUGUUUCAGUAAUAAAGUGUGUGGCAUUGAUGGCUGCAAUGCACGACACCACCCCAUGCUGCAUUCUCGGAUAGACCAAUCUACGUCAGCAAUAUCUUCUACAGCUAACAAUGUUUCAUCGGAUAUAGUAGAACAGAUAAGUUUAAGUCCAUACUCAAACAAAGCGUUACUCAACAACCAUAAUUUAUCAGUGAAUAAAAAAAACUGGUCAUAUUGCCGAACUCUUCCAGUAACUUUAUAUGGCACCAAAAGGACUAUUAACACAUAUGCAUUGAUGGACGAUGGGUCAACACUAACGCUUAUUGAAGCAAGUCUAGCCGAUGAAUUGGGAAACGAUGGUAUCCAGGAUGCGCUAUGCAUUAAUUGGACAGGUAAUAUCAGUCGACAGGAGAAUAACUCAAAAAGGCUCAACUUACAAAUUUCUGCCAAUGCUCCUCAAGCUAAAAAAUUCCCAUUGAAAAAUGUCCGCACAGUAAGCAACUUACGCAUGUCAGCAGAAUCUUUUGCAGCUGAUAAAAUAAAACAAGGGUAUCCGCAUUUAGAUGGCUUGCCUCUAGCAAGUUAUACAAAUGCUGUCCCCAUGCUGAUUAUCGGCGUAAAUAAUCCAAACUUAAUUUCAGCACUUAAGGUGAGGGAGGGUGGCUGGCAAGAACCCGUGGCGGUGAAAACACGUCUUGGUUGGACAGUUUUUGGUGGUGGUGAAUUAAACCACCGUAACAACUUAAACCUACACAAAUGUAGCUGUGGACAAGAAGCUGAUAGAGAGCUUCAUGAGUUAGUAAAGACAUUUAUAGUAAACGAGAAUGUCGCGGUGGCUACCCCAAAAGCAGAAUUACUUUCAGUUGAGGAUCAGCGAGCAGAGGAAAUAAUGCGCAAGUGCCAGUUACGCGGAAACCGCUACGUUGUCAAUUUGCCAUGGAACACCGAUAUGGUCGACUUGCCAAAUAGCUUGCCGAUGGCAUUACGUCGAGCGGAGUGCUUACGUCGAAAAAUGCAUGGGGACCCUGAAUUGUGUCAAAAGCUAAAGGAACAAAUCACUACUUUAGUCAGCAAGGGCUACGCAACUGAGUUGCCACCAGAAGCAAUUAACGAGCGAGGUGGGAAGAUUUGGUAUUUACCAAUUUUUAUUGUGCGCAAUCUACUUAAACCGAAAAAGCAUAGAUUAGUUUGGGAUGCUGCAGCCAAAGCUGAAGGAGUGUCACUAAACGAUUUUUUGCUGAAGGGGCCGGAUAUGCUGCGACCACUUAUAAACAUAUUAUUAAAUUUUCGUAUAGGAAGAAUAGCUGUCUGUGGUGACAUUGCUGAAAUGUUUCAUCGAAUUCUAGUACAAGAAGCAGAUACUGAUGCUCAGAGAUUUCUAUGGUUCAGCGAGACAUUUAAAAAUAUUUGCGUUUAUAAAUUAAAUGUAGUUAGCUUUGGUGCGCGAUGUUCACCAUAUAUAGCGCAUUUUAUUCGAAACCUGAACGCAGAAAGAUUUAUAGCUGAAAAUCCUAGAGCAGUGUACGCUAUUAAAAACAAUCAUUACGUGGAUGACUUUAUAGAUUCAACAAAUUCCAUUAAACAAGCAAUAGCAUUAGCCGAAGCAGUUCGCAACAUACAUGAACAAGGUGGUUUCCAUAUGAGAAGCUGGACAAGUAAUGCACCAGAAGUUUUAGCUGCGUUAAACGAAAAUGGUGAACAGACGGGUAAGUCGUUUAAUAAUAAUAUCGACACACUUCCGAUUGAAAAAAUUCUCGGCAUGUAUUGGGACCCGAAGUCAGAUUGCUUUAAAUAUGUUUUAAAAUUCGUUCGUUUACGUCGUAAUGUUUUUGCAGAUGAAAUUGUACCCACUAAAAGAGAAGUACUUCAAAUUUUAAUGUCCAUUUUUGAUCCAUUGGGACUGGCAGCUUGCCUCACAUCAUAUUUAAAAAUACUUAUUCAGGAUAUUUGGAGAAGCGGAAUCGACUGGGAUCAACCACUGGUACCCGAUCUUAUGGGCAAGUGGUUAGCUUGGGUUGCCUGCAUGCCUAUUUUUGUUAAUAUUUCUGUACCCCGUUGUUAUUCACCAUACAUAACAGAAAGUUCAUGUGAUGUACAAAUUCAUACAUUCGUAGAUGCGAGUGAGUUUGCUUAUGCAGCUGUAUCAUACUUCCGCAUUAAAGAUAAAUAUGGAGUAAGUACGAGGAUCGUAGCAGCAAAAACCAAAGUCGCUCCAAUGCGACCGAUGUCUAUUCCAAAAAUGAAGCUACAAGCUGCUGUAAUUGGCACAUGGCUUAUGAAUACAAUAUGUAAAGUACACACAUUUGAUAUUAAAAAGCGUUUCAUUUGGAGCGACCGCAAAGCACUGAAAAGGUGGGGUGUUAUAAUAACUUGUUUGACUAUCAGAGCCGUUCACAUCGAGAUCGCCCAUAGUCUUAGUACUGACUCAUGCCUAAUGUGUUUAAGAAAUUUUAUUGCCAGACGAGGAGAACCUAUCACCAUCUACAGCGAUAAUGCAACGAAUUUUCACGGUGUCGAGAACGUUUUAAGAAAGGAGUUAAAGAACAUUGAUUCCUCGGUUAUGCAACACAAGCUAGCUCAUCAAGGAAUAGACUGGAAAUUUAAUCCACCGGCAGCACCACAUAUGGGAGGAGCGUGGGAGCGACUGAUUAGAACAAUUAAGACAGUGCUGUAUCAAAUUUCGCCAUCUCAACGUUUUACGGAUGAAAGUUUACGUACUGCAUUACUUGAAGUUGAAAUGAUCAUCAACUCGCGUCCUUUAACCUACGUGUCACUCGAUAGUGAAGAUGAGGAUCCAAUAACUCCAAACCAUUUCUUGUUGGGGAGCGCUAAUGGUUUGAAACCAUUUUGUGAUGCUAAGAGAAUCGAUCCAAAGAUGUGCCUGCUACAAUCUGAAAUGUUUGCAAAUCAAUUUUGGCGACGAUGGGUGCGUGAGAUACUUUCGACAUUAACGCGUCGCGGCAAAUGGUGCAUGCAAUAUGAACCGCCCUAA